AUGCCCACUUCACUCCAGACCCACAUAUCCUUCCUCUCUGCGGAUACUCACUGCCACUCCCAGGAGAAAAAACUGACACUCCAUGGCACCCGCCAAAGGGUCACGGGUCCGGGGAUGAACCAGCGUGGCCACACGCCAAAACUAAGUCCCCAGCCAAGGACCAGAAGAGGCAAGGGGCUGGGGCAGGAAGAGGAUACCUUGUGGGAGAGGGCAGGUGAGCGGUGUCCCCGGGAAAGCGGCAGAGAAAACAGGUUGGCCGCCUCGGAGGAACUACGCCCGGGUAGGCAGUGGAGGAAGCGAGAGAUCCCAGAACUGCGGGAGGCAGAGCUACCCAGGGGGGCGGAGUGGGGUGCGCACAUCCCGCCCGCUGUCGGCCGGGCUUGCCUGGAGCUGCUGCAGGGGGCGGAGGCCGAGCCUCGUGAGCGGGAGCGGAGGACACCGGGACUAGCACUGCAUCCUCCCACCCUUCCACCCUGGCCCGCGCCGGGGUCCCAGAGCGACCUCGGCGACCUGCCCAGCCCACUUACCAUGCUGGCGCCGAGGAUCUCAGGGCGCGCUGCAGUCCCUGACUCGGUCCCGAACCUUUCUCUUCGCACGCUCUUCGGGCAGGCGCGGGAGCCGGAUCGGCAGGCAGAGGACGCGCCGGGCGACAGUCUUGUGUUGGCCCCAGAGGCGGAGGGAAAACCCGGCCUGACUCACCCGCCCGGCGCGAGCCCCAGAGCCCGGCCCGGCCCCCGGAUGUGGGGGGCGGGCACCGGCGCCGCCCCCGAGCGACCUGAGCCCCGCCCCGGCUCACGGGUGCAGCGGAGCCAGGUCCCCCGGUGUGCGAUCACCGGUCGCUUGCGUGCAGCAGCUCCGCAGACCCGGCUCCGGCCGAGGCUCCUGAGCCCGCGCCUCCCGGCUGCUCCUCCUCCUCCAGUUCCGAACCUCGCCCGCCUCGCUCGUUCAGUUUCCUUCCAGAACCAGCUUCCAAACUGGCGCGCUGGGGUGGGGCGGUCACGUCUCUGCUUCUGGCCGCCUCUUUCUCAGAUCUGUGGAUUUGGCAUGCAAGCCAUGCUAUUCAGAUGCCAAGGACUGAGGCACUCCUGGCACCAGGCCAGAGGUGAAGUGAAACCGAAUUCCCUGGGUGUACCUGUUUCCUGAAUUGGCUAGCCUUGGACAACGUAACUUCUAAAGUUAUCUGCUGCCUGUAAGUGCCCGAGAGAGUAGGAUCCGAGGGCCACCCACGGGGAGUAGGAGUUUAUCAUACCUCUGGCUGUCACUUUUCUCCUUGACGGUUAUGACAGUCUUUCUAGGCUCUUCUUCACCCUGCCCCAGAGCAGCCCUAGCCCACACAUUUGGUUUCCAGUUCUCUGUAGCCCAAAAGAUAGAAUCUCAGCCUCAAGAUCAGGCUGGCACACCACCAUGACUCCCGUCACCGUGUCCUGGGCACUGCCUCAGUCUCCUCCUCUGGAAUUGACUGGUUUGGGUGUCACCCCACUGCCUUCGAGGUCUCUCUUCCCACCCUCAACCAAAAAUUGAUCCCGCUGUCUCCACGUUGAGCCUUUCCUUCUCUCGGUUGCCCCUUUACCGCGCACCUGGGUCACUUGUCAUCCGGUCUUGUCACUCCCAGGAAAUAGCAAGCCCUGAGCAUACAGGGACUCGUGCCCAGUCGAGGUCUUGAAGGCGUUUGGGAAAUGCCAUCUCAGCAUGUUACACUGACUGCUGGCUUCUUUGAACCGAGGCCUGGGAACAGAGCCUUUACCCAGUGAACAGGCUGGACAGCCUUGUUUUUCAGUUUCUGACUCGGGGUCUUGUUAUCUAGCCCAGGUUGACUAGAACUCACAGUCCUGUCUCUGCCUCUGGAGCUGAGAGUCCAGAUGUGCAUGGCCGCGUCUGGCUUCUGUAUCUAAGGAGACAACUUUUGUUCACCAUUCCACUGCCCCAAAAUUUGUGCCACACCCAUCCUUCCAUCCCAGGAGCAGAGAGCCUGUGUUCUUUUUUGUAGCACCAAUCAUUUUGUGAAGAAAUAUAGUUUUCUCUCCUUUCGUUGGUUUUUUGAGGUAGGGUUUCUCCACAUAGCCUUGGCUAUCCUGGAACGCACUAUGUAUAACAGAUUGUCCUCGAACUCACGGAGAUCCACCUGCCUCGGCCUCUCAAGGUUUGCCACCAUGCCCAGCCUUGGUGCUGGGGAUUGAACCCAGGGCCUUGUACAAGCUAGGUAAAUACUCUCCGAACGGAGCAACACAUCCAAUUUUCUCCUUUUAAAAAAAAGAAAUGUGGCUGGGCGGUGGUGGCGCACGCCUUUAAUCCCAGCACUUGGGAGGCAGAGGCAGGCGGAUCUCUCUGAGUUCGAGACCAGCCUGGUCUACAGAGCUAGUUCCAGGACAGGCUCCAAAACCACAGAGAAACCCUGUCUCGAAAAACCAAAAAUAAAAAAAAAAGAAAGAAAUGUGUGUGUGUUCUAUGUGUCUGACUGUAUGUCCCUUGUGUCUCUGCAGCACUCAGGCAGGCAGAGGAGGGCCAUGGAUUCCCCUGGAGCUAGAGUUACAGGCAGUUCUACACUGCGUGACGUGGGUGCUAGGAGUCGAACUCAGGUGUCUGUAGGAGCGGCAGGUGCUUAGUCGCUGGGCACCUCUCCAGCCCCGGUUUUCCUCCUCUUAAUCUGUCUAAUGACAGUUUAAUUAGUAGACCAACCAAGAACUCAGGAGGGCGGGGAGACGCCAUUUGCUCUCACUACAGUCUUCUCCCGGGGCUGACAGUUGGUCGCACUCCCCUCCAACGCACCAUCUGCCCCCAAAAGAACUUCGUGGCCAUUUCCUAACAGGAAGAGGAGAAGGAGGAAAGGUGGCUUCUUGCUCUGGAGCCUGGUUUUGUAACUGCCUGGUGACCUUUCUGAGCCCUAGAUUCUUGGUUUUGUAAAACAGGACAAAUCACUAGAUUAAGUUCACUCGGGUGCAAGAACUGGCAUGAUACGCAGACACUGGCAGCCCUGCAGCCCCCGCCCUUCACUCCUCGCUCCUCACCCUCCCUCCUCUUCUCCUUUGUCCCCUUGGAGCUGAGCCAGCUCUAGCCCCACCAGGAAGAUUUGGGCUGUGUUGGUGGUCACUAACGACCUCGGGCCUUGCAAAGAGCAGGUUGGCAGAUACCAAGUGGACUCUCCCGUAGUCCUCCUCCCUCAGUGACCCGGUGACCUGGGCAGCACCAGCAGGUUGUGGGUGGAAGCUGAGACCUGCCAGGACUUGCUCAGGUGCCUGCCCGAGGGCAGGCAGCUCUCAGACCUGCAGGAGCCAGCCAGGAUGAGAUCCACCCCCGGAAGUCCAAACUGCACGGCUGACCCGCUCCUGGGCCACAGGGAGACCUGGACCAGCCAGUCCAGGAGGAGCUGCCAGGCUAAGUGGUCACAGCACUUUGUUCCAGUGCUGAGGAGGCCUGGGAUCCAGGCUUUCAAGGGUUUAGGACCUGGGUUGGGAUCUGGCCUAUGAGGCAGGGUCAGCACGCUCAGCCCUGCCUACUGAGCACAGUCAAGGGGACUAAGGUGGCACUUUGUAUAUGGGGUAUAUUCUCCCACAGUGUUUUAAAUACCAGCUUAAUAAAGUGAGCUUGGAUUCUUCUGUAUCAUUCCUGACUACCAGUGAGUUUCAGGCCAGCCUGAACACAAAAACAAAAUAUGAAGUCAUGGUCUGUGUUGAUGACGACCUUCAGCUAGUCCUCCUAGGUGCAUGCCCUCCUACCUCAGCAUCCCGGGGGUGAAGCUAGGAGUACAGGGGGGGUACUCCUAGCUAUUUACCUUUUUUCCUAAGAAUUGAAGCCAGGGCCUCACAUCUGCUAAACCCCUGUAACCAAACUGCACCCCGAGCUACACCCUUAGCUCUCCUGGGUUGUCUCAAAACAAUUCCAAAUAAACAUCAUUCUUUGUUUUGUUGUGUUUUUGAGAUAGGGUUUCUCUGUGUAGCCUGGUUGUCAUGGAACUCACUCUGUAGACCAGACUGGCCUCAAGAUCACAGAGAUCCUCCUGCCUCUGCCUCCUGAGUGCUCGGGUUAACAUG